AUGGUAAGCAUCACUAAAGAGAACAUUCGGAGCAACGUUCAGAUUGUUCCAGCACUCGAAAAGUGUGUGUCUGUUGCUGGCCGUCCUUCACGUCACCGUCUCGGCGAUCAGCAUCCAAAUGGAGCUGCUGAAAGACGAAAAGGACGCGUGCUACAAGUACACGAAAAAAGGCGCCGAGUUUCUGAUGGUCACCCACGCACGCAUCCUCAAUUUGGGCGCUGAUGGAACGGUUUGUGGCUGGCUUUAUAGCAUAGUUGCCACGGGCCGGGCCGGGCCGGGCCGAAAUUUCCAAAACUCCGGCCCGGCCCAGCCCGGUCGGCCCGGUUCAAAAAGCGGGAAUUCAAAAUUUGAAUUAUUGAUCGCAUGAAGGCAAUUUUUUGUAGAAUUAGGGGUUUUUUGCAAGCAUCGAACAUUGAAAAACAAAUGUAUUUCUCAUAAAAAAUUCAUAAUAGCAAAAAAACAAAGAAGAAACACUAAAACUUUAGUUCGAAAAUUUUUUUUGUAAUAACGAAAAAAAAAUUUCCGCGAAAAUUUGAAUUCCCGCCUUUUGAACCGGGCCGACCGGGCCGGGCCGGGCCGGCACUUCACCGACCCGGCCCGGCCCGGGCCGGCCCGGGUCGGCCCGCAUGGCCGGCCCGAAAUCUGGCAAGUCUGCUUUAUAGGUUUGACAUUUGAGGGCUUCACUUUCAGAUCAUCGGCAACGUUCUGUGCGACUUUUCCAAAAAGAAAACGCUCAAGACGGCGUGCAGCGGUGUCGGAGACGUUAGUUUCUUGCUUUCUCUCUCUUUUUUUUCUACCUCAAAUUCCUCUUCUUUUUCAGACGAAAGCGGGCGGAAAUUUGGUCCUUCUUUUGUCGGUGACCGCCCGGAAAGAGAUGAUGCUCUCGCAGGUCGAGUACCGUUACAAGGAGUCGUCGAUGCAGCUGAGCAAGCUGCUCGACAUGGACAAGCUGAAAGAUCAGCAAUUCGACCACGAGGUGCACAUUCAGGUCAAGCGCAUCAAGAUUGACGGAAUCGGCAACUUGUAAGCACACUUUUUAAACGUAUAAUGGUCUCCGCACAUGGCGUUUUGAACAUUUUGGAGCGAAAUUCAAAAUUUGAGCGCUUUGAAUGCUUGUAUUUACGUGUAUUGUCUGAAAGACAGCAAUGCGCAAAAUAAGUGAUGCGGUUUCGAAAAUCUGCGAAAACGCGCGCCAAAAUGUCAGAAAUUUUGAGAAUGAUUGUGUUCUCAUGACAAUUUAUCAUUUUUUAUUGCUUUCGAUCACGAAAAUCAGAGAAAAUGAAUCGAAUCCGACAUUUCAGUGACGUCAGGUUGGGAUCGUGCCACGACGCGUAUCCGGGAAGUCUGAUUGCCGAUCACGGAUUGUACGCGAGCCGCUGGGACGGCAAAAACAAGAACAUCCAAUGGAACCGCGUGUACUUUGAUCCGGACGGUCUCGGCGAAAAGUUUUUGACCGACUAG